CGAUAAUAUAAAGCUUCAGAGGCUCGGUGAAACAGUAUUCUAGACCAGCAUAGAGAGAGGAGAGAGAGAUGAAGAUACUACAUUUCUUCUGUGUCUUCCUGACUGUCCUUGCCUCCACUUGGGCUGAGGACAUAGCGACCGUAUUGAGCCCUCGUGGAGCCAGGCCAGUAGAACAUGGUUACAAGGCUGAUAAAUGUGCCACAGAGAAGAACUGGCCUUUUUGCUCAGAUGAUGACUGGGGUCCUAAGUGCCCGUCAGGAUGUCGUAUCCAGGGUCUGUUAGACAAGGCAGACCAUUCCCUGCUGAAGAAGAUAGAGAAGAUUAGGCAGCUCCUUGACCAGAACAGAGCCAAACACCGCUCUGCCGACCAGGCAUCCAAACAGACCUAUGACUACCUCAAGGAGAAACUCACCUCCAACGCAGGUAAUGACAACAGCUUCUAUGACCUGGCUGAACGCCUCCGUCAGAGGAUCGUCGACAUCAAGAUCAAGAUAGAGCGCCAGCUGAGGAUCCUCAACGCUCUGAAGACCAGCAUCAAAGACCAGGUCAUAGAGAUGCAGAGACUGGAGGUGGACAUCGACAUUAAGCUGCGCUCCUGUAAGGGAUCUUGUAAGGGCUACGCUGAGUUCUCCGUCGACCAAGCAUCCUACGUGGCUCUGGACAAGCAGAUGGACCAGCUGGAGUCCCAGAGCGUUCAGUCCGUGGAGACCGUCAGCACGCUGUACGUCAUGAAGAGCCGACCGCUUAAAGACGUCGUGGUCGACAGCAAGUACAAGUCCGGCCCGGCUGAGGAACAGAAGGUGGUUUUCUUCCCGGAGGUGAAGACCGUGAAGCUGACCUUGGAGACCCAGGGGUCCAGCGCUUCGUCUGCCGCCACUGCCAGCCAGGUCCCGGGUACGCACUUCCAGCCUUCGACUUCAGGCUCUUCAUCGUCAUCGGGUUUGUCAACGGGGUCGGGGACGAAGGACGGGCCGAGGAAAACGAUCACGGAGCUGGGUGGUGGAGGGGGGACAAGGGGGGAUGGAGUUGGGGAUUUCUCUAAAGGGAUGGGUGGAUUUGGCGGUGGGCUGGGAAGUCUCGGAGGCGGAGAUUUCGCCACUACUGGUCACCUGACCACUCAGACGUCGAGCUGUACCAAGACGACGAAAAGGACGAUAGUACAUACGAAGGAUGGGCCAGUGGAGCGCAUCGAGGAAGUAUCGGGCGGACUCGGCUGUGAGGCGCUGAAGCUCGGUGGCGGAGGAGGAGGAGGGAUGGGCGAAUUCUUCCCAUCCCUCACCUCCUCCUCUUCCUCAUCCUCCUCUUCCUCCUCCUCGUUCACCAAAACCACGAACCACGGCGGCACCAAGGGAGGCAGUAGCAUUCUCACCAGCACCAAGACCGGUGGCACCGGCGACGAUUUCGGAGGUGAUCCAUUCGGAAUGGAUCUCGGAGCGUUCAUGCGCGGGAACGACGAAGACGACAUCCCAGAUUUCCAUGCCCGCAGCGUGAAGACUGGCGUCCGGAGUGAGCGGCAGGCGGAUUAUGUGGGAAAAGAUUGUUCUGACAUCCAACGGAACCAUCUCACAGGGGAAAAGAGCGGCCUGUACAAAAUCAACCCCUCCCCCUCCACUCCGAACGGGGUAGUGGAGGUUUACUGUGACCAGGAAGGUUUUCUAGGAGGGUGGACCCUGGUCCAACAGAGAGCUCAUGGGGGGGUUAGCUUCAACCGUUCCUGGGCAGACUACCAGGAGGGGUUCGGAGGAGUGGACGGUCAGGGUAAAGGGGAGGUAUGGCUCGGGUUGAAACACCUCCAUCUUCUGACCCGGGAGGAUAGCAUGUUGAGGGUAGAGCUAGAAGACUGGGAGGGAGGGGAGGCGAUAGCCGAGUACACAGUGAAAGUGGGGUCCGAGGCUGAGGGGUAUCCGUUGACCGUGGCAGAGUAUUCAGGCGAUGCAGGCGAUGCUUUAGUCAAGGGAGAGUCUAGUUUAGGGAGUCAGGGGUCGCUCGGCUUGAGGUCGUUCCUGUCCCACGAGGGGAUGAAGUUUAGUACCUUCGAUAAGGAUAAUGACCAAUGGGAGGAGAGCUGUGCAGAGAUGUAUGGCGGCGGCUGGUGGUAUAAUAACUGUCAGAGGGCUAACUUAAACGGAGUCUACUACAAAGGGGGGAAGUACGAUCCUGGUAGUAACGUACCAUACGAGAUAGAAAACGGAGUGGUGUGGCUGACGUACAAACCAGCUGACUAUAGUCUGAAAACCACUCGCAUGAAGAUACGACCGCUCGCUAUGGCCUGAGAGAGAGAGAGAGAGGGAGGGAAGGAGAGAGAGAGAGAGAGAGAGAGAGAGAGGAGGGGGAGAGAGAGAGAGAGAGGGAGAGAGAGAGAGGGAGAGGGAGAGAGAGAGGGAGAGAGAGAGAGAGAGAGAGACAGAGAGAGAGAGGGGGAGAGAGAGAGAGAGAGAGAGGGAAGGGGAGAGAGAGAGAAAGAGAAAGAGAGAGAGAGACAGAGAGAGGGAAGGGGAGAGAGAGAGAGAGAGACAGAGAGACAGAGAGAGAGAGAGAGAGGGGAAGAGAGGGAAG